AUGCCCAGAACCUCCCUCUGGACGCUAGACGUACUCCGACUCGCCAACCAGAAGACCCAAGGCAAGACGAGCUCGAACGCGUACACUCGAGCGUGUCAAGACCUCAACGUUUCAGGCUACGUCGUGCGCCCGUUCUGGCGCGAUCUUCCGUACACCGACAUCCAUUCGUGCAUAACCCCUGACGUACUACAUCAAUUGUACCAGGGUGUUUUUAAGCACAUCGUCGAAUGGUGCACUCAACUUGUCGACGAGCACGAGCUCGACAGGCGCAUCCGCUGCCUUCCGCCUGCGUUCGGUACCCGCCACUUCAAGAACGGGAUUUCCUCCCUAUCCCAGGUCUCCGGGACCGAGCGUAAGCACAUGGCGCGCAUUCUGCUUGCCUGCCUGGUCGGCAAGAUACCGAAGAAGGCCAUCCUGGCCUUCAGGUCGAUUUUGGACUUCAUCUACAUAGCGCAAUACACCACUCACGACGACACUACGCUCCAAUACAUGGAGGACGCACUCAAGGUUUUCCAUCGCAACAAACAAAUCCUCGUAGAUCUCGGAGUGCGCGACCAUCUGAAUAUUCCUAAAUUCCACUCAUUACUUCAUUACGUUGACGCUAUCCGACUCUUAGGCACUACCGACAACUACAACACGGAGGCGUUUGAACGCCUCCACAUCGACUAUGCGAAGAACGGCUGGCGAGCGUCGAACCAUCGCAACGCGCGUCCGCAGAUGGUUCGUUGGCUGGCACGACAGGAGAAGAUGGCUCUCUCAUCCAUUGUCGACAAACACCGCGCCCCAGGCUUCGUUGAUGCAGUCGCACAAUACAUCUACAAGCUCAAGGACGGUCGACCUCUCACUUCCUCACUGCUUAAAACAGCUGUCGACCACAUGCCGUUCCAACGUCUUGACGUAUUCCACGGCUUCAAGUUUACCCCCGAAUCCUUGACCGAUGACACCCAAGAAACCGACGCCGUGAAGGCGAAGCCCGCCAAAGCUGGACAAGCCGCACGUUUCGAUACCGUGGUUGUGCUGCAGGGGGAGGACGCGGAAGCUACUGGCAUGCAAGGCACACGUAUUGGACGUGUCAAAGUUAUAUUCAAACUUCCUCAAAACAUCAGAGAUCCCCGUACCCUCCGACCUCUGCAAGCGCCGCCCAAUUGGGCUAGCCAAGGGGCUCUAGCAUACGUAGAAUGGUACUCCAAUCUACCUACACAAGCCGAUCCGAUACACAUGAUGUACCCGGUUCAUAAACCGCCCCUUCGUGCGAAUGGCAACCCCGUCGGUGAGGUUAUUCCAUUGUCAAUUAUCCGACAAUCCUGUCAACUUGUUCCACGUCCCCCUGGGUCUACACGCACCGAUAACUUAGUAGUACCUGAUGACUGGGACACGCAUACUGUACUAGAUAAAGCUACUAAGUUUUGGCUUAAUAACUGGGCAUCUAAGUAUGCGUAUCAGACACUGUGGUAG